AUUGCACGAGCUCCAUAUCUGCACUUAGAAAAAGAUAUGAAGAGCUUAAAACAUGUUCUGGAAAUGAAGAACCAUCAGAUUCACCAACAGGAGAAGAUGAUUAUGGAGUUAGAAAAACAGGCUGAAAAAAAUUUAAAACUAGAAGAAAAAAUCACCAUGCUGCAACAGCAGAAUGAAGAACUCAGAGCCAGGAUUGAGCAAAAUACUGUCAUAACAAGGCAACUCUCAGAGGAGAACGCUAAUCUCCAAGAAUACGUCGAGAAGGAAAUGGAGGAGAAGAAGAAAUUGAGCAAGACUAACGAGGAGCUCCUCUGGAAACUGCAGGAGGAGGAUGCCGCGAGCCCGGUGAAACUCCAGCCCACAUCAUCCACUUCUUUCUAUCGCUGCUCGUCGGGGAACUCCUCUCCAGCAAAAGCCAGAACCCUGCGGCAGUGA